AUGGAUCAUACAGUCAAGAUUUGGCGUCUUGACUCGCCAGAGCUGAAAAACGCCAUUAUCAACUCUUUUACGCCUACGGCCAAGUGAGUAAUUAAUCCAAACAUUGUGCCUACUUUAACGUUAUAAGUACACCUUUUUAUUUUGAUUUAUAAGCCCUAGUCUUUUUGCCGGUACGCGACGCUGGGCAUUACGGGUAACUAUGCCCAUGUUCACCUCCGGCCGUCUCGACCCUCUAUCUGCUUGUCAUUUGGGCAAGGUAGGUGUGGGAGUGGAGAGUAAGGUAGAAGCAUCGGAAGUCUGCUUCAUUGUGAGCAAGUUCAUGUGCAAGUCGUUAUUGCCACUUAAGACAGAACAGGAACUUACAUUAGGUGACCGAACUCAUGAAAUAUGCCCAAAAUAACGAAGUGCGCUAUCAAUCGGCAACCAGUCAAAAUGCAUCCACCAAAGCACCAAACUGAUCAUGAAUGACCUCUGGUAAAUGGAGACGCGAAGCGAAUACUUGAAGUACUAUCUUGUUAAUCAGAAAUGACCAUUUUCUUAAGUAGACCGGAAGGGCGAAAAUUCGUGUCAAAUAAGUGGACUCCAGUUUUUGAAGCACUCAAACCCUGUCCAUGUAAAUAACUAAAUAAACAAAACGACAUAAGCACAGCAGCGUUUUAAAAAACGGUUUCGUUACGUACAUUCCCGGUAAGCAUCCUCCGAGAAUUUGUAUUAUGUGAAAUCUGGCACAUAGCUUAGUACAUAAAGUUUGGUAAUGUGUUUCAGAAGCUUCUUUCGAGAAACCGAUGCAAUUUUUUCACUUUUUUCGAUCGAGAUGCGGGUGAUCAAAUCAAGGGGAUUUCACUGACGGAUACGCUACAGAAAUAGGAGUUUUCCUGAGGUCGCAUGUUUACAGUUUGGUCAGGGAUUAAGAAAUUUGAAUUAACACAUCCAAUCAUAAGCAUACCAUUUUGGGUAUACCAGGAGGUUUUUUUCAUCCGUGCGCAUUUUGGUGACGGUGGAGUUCAUUGGUUUUCAGAGUGUUCUUGAAAUGUCUAUGAAUCUCCUGCGGAUUUCAGUGUUCUCAAUCGACCGUCCACAGGGAUGGGUUCUGUUUGAUAGUGCCCCGUCCGUUUUAUUUCUAAACUGCGUGUUGGCAGAAACUAGAGCACACAAAAAAGAUCCUACCAAAUGCCCAACAGUUAAAAUAUCCAUUUCCCGAUGGGCCCUUCCAUUAUUUUCUAUAGUAUAUGCAUAAACUACAGGAAACUUUCAGUACGUUUAAACAUUAGAUUGCCUCUAGGCAUUAUUACUGCCUUUUAGGGUGUAGUGACAUUUAAGUCCGUUUGGUUUUGAUCAGUUAUAAUACGCUUGUUAAAUAACUUGUCACAACUUUGAAUUAGACAAAGCACUGGCACGCUCAUUUUUACCUGCUGACGACUUUGUUCUUAUUUACUAGUUUGUAACUGUUGGUAUAUUUCUAUCUUCGUUGCCUGGAUAGCCUACUUACUGUGCCCAACUAAUGGGUUUAUCACUAACAAGGACAUGAAAUGACACAGGUUUAGAAGUCCGAUUCUCAAAGACCGAUAAAACAUCUUGUUUUUUUUAAAGAAUAACCCGCCUGUUCUCCUCCUGCUUCACCUGACUUAGGCGGGCCGAGAACCGAUUUUCAGGCUCGGCAAGUUUUGUUUGGCAAAGUUCGCCGUCAAAUGACUCUUCUCCCAUAAAAAAUCACCCAUGGAGGUGCGGAUUUGGUUCGAGCUAUUAUCGUACGAAACUGCCCAAAUAGAAAAUAACGUAGAUUUCCGUCAAAAUUUUGUAAACAUUUUCCCUGAUAAAAUUGCUUAAAAACAUAUUCUUCAUGAAAAGCUUAUCUUCUGGAACGGGAAAGGCGAAAAGGAGAAGUGCACAGCGUUUUAGGUGCUAAAAAUGAUCAUCUCGAGUCGAUUAUGGUCAAGUAUGCUGUCAAGUAUACUAUAUCGUGGGACCUCUGUACUGGCUUAUUGUCGGCAGCUUGAAUCUGAUGCGGUUAUUCCGCUCUGAUGAGCUCCAGCUCAAAUAUACGCAUAAAAUUUCAGUCUGACUCUAUAAGUCUCAAGUAGACUGAUCUACUCCAAGUUAACGAUCCGUUUCUGAGGAACAUGAAAAGCUGCAAUUUCAAAACGGGAGUAUCUGCCUGAAAGUAUAUAAGGAACGCUGGGGGCCCACUGAUGAGUCGAACCCCCUAACAACUGUGCCAUUCAGCGACAGAAAAUCGGCGAAACACGCGUUUCUGAGCUUCUAACUGGUACUUGUACUAUCCAGUAUGGUGCAUCGUACAACCCAUGUACAUCCCGACUCUCUCCAUCGCGUUUCGAGAGUUAGGUUACGUACUGUAUGUAUAUUCCCACGCCCUGCUGUCUCCAAGAGAAACUUGAGUCUGAUUAUAGUCUGCUCAGCGGAGGCUUUUCGCGACAUCUUCACGACCUCCGAAGUCUAUCGCUUUCCCCCCCUCCCCCCAUCCCCUAGUUGAUGGUAUUUUUGCCUUUUCACUUGCAGACCCUUCCCCACGUUGCUUCAGCACUUCCCCGAGUUCAGUUCACGCGACGCGCAUGGCAAUUAUGUCGACUGCGCGCGCUGGUUCGGUUCUCUGAUCAUCUCAAAGUCCUGCGAGAACAGCGUGGUGAUCUGGAAACCGGGAAGUCUGGAUAAUCCUCCGGGUGGUGGUGGUGGGUCAGACCGUGUGAACGGUCUGAUACUGCCAACUCGACUAAAGAGCGUCGGCCACAUGAAGAGAAACAGCGGAAUCACCUCCAUGACUGGUGUCCCCACAGAGCACCACUGCAGCAUUCUGCACCAACUCAAGAUACCCGACUGUAACCUCUGGUAUAUACGGUUCGAUCUGGACCUCGAAAAUAGGCUUCUUGCGCUGGGAACCGGCACUGGCCCUUUGCGCAUUUACAUUUGGGAUUUGUCCCAUCCGGAAUCUGCCUUCACUCUAACCCCGAAGGUAAGCAUUUUCUUUUUUGCUCCUAGAUUAACUGUGAUUGCGACCAACUCUGGGUUUGAGUGUGCACCUUCAUUUUCUACUUUAAGGCUCUGAACGUGUGUGUUACCGGUGUUCGAGAGGUUGGAGGAGCCAGUAACUUUGGUGCCAUACGCCAAACUCGGUUUGCCAACGAUGGAAAUGUUCUUGUGGCCGUCGGCGAUAAUGGACUGAUUGUCCGUUUUGAUAAGGAAUGA